AUGGAUUCUCCGGCAGACCUCGAUGAUGAGGAGGACUUUGUAGUUGUGCCAGACUGCCAGACACAGAGUCAGGGGGAUAUUCCCGAUGCCUUUCAUCUGCCAGCGUUUCGUGGCAUUGACCUUUUCGAGAUCUCGAUUGAUGAACUUGAGCGCCACUUCUCCUCCGGCUCCUUGACAUCCUGGAAAUACACGCGAAUUUGUCUAGGGCGAAUUCAGAAGAUCAAUCCAUACCUCGAAUGCGUGAUUGAGACAAGCCCCGAUGCACUUGAGCAUGCACGGAUGCUCGAUGAGCAGCGUGUCAAGGCUCACGUCGAAGGCCCUUUGCAUGGUGUACCCGUUCUCGUGAAAGAUAACAUGGCAACGGCGGACAAGAUGCAGACGACCGCCGGGUCGUGGGCUCUCGGCUGUAUCGUUCCGAAGGAUGCUCACACUGUCAAGCUACUCCGGAAAGCAGGAGCUGUCAUUCUUGGAAAAUCGAAUCUCGACGAAUAG